CAACUUUCUAAAAAAAUGUUUAAACUUCAUUUAGAAAAUAAAAUAUAGUGUAAGUUAUGAUUAUCGAAAGACUCAAGUUAGGAAAACGUAAGGAAUCACUGGUCACUAGUGACACAUAAUAGGAAGGUAUAGAGAAACAUGGCUACAAAAUUGUCAUCAAAGGAAUUUUCUUUGAGAUGGAAUGAUUUUUGUAACAACUUGACUUCAGGCUUUCUUUCUCAUUUGAAUGAGAACAAUUUGGUUGAUGUAACAAUUGCUGUAGAGGGACAAUUGUUAGCUGCCCACAAGCUAGUUCUGUCUGUAUGCAGUCCUUACUUCAAAAAUAUAUUUAAAGAAAAUCCUUGUCAACAUCCAGUGAUAAUACUGAAAGAUGUAAAGCAUACAGAAGUAAUAUCUUUGCUGAAGUUCAUGUAUCAAGGAGAGGUGAAUAUAAAACAGGAUGACCUGUCUACUUUCCUAAAAGUUGCGCAGAUGCUGCAAAUAAAAGGAUUAGAAGGUGGCGAGGGACAUAUACCAUUAUUAAAUGAUUACGUCAAUGUGUCAGAUUCACAUGAUUUCAAGGAUGUAAACGCUUUAUCUGAUGUUCUAAGCAAGAAAGAAGGCAAGAACAAAAUUCCAGAUGAAUCUGUACACUCUCGCAGGAUAGCCAAUAGGAACACUAAAACGAGAAAGAAACAGAGAGAGGUGGUUGAGGACAAUUACAAUUCGAUUACAAAGUUAAAAAAUGAGUCAAAUGUUGACAACAAGGACGAUAUUUGUCUCAUGUCAGAUAACAAUGAAAAAUCAGAUAAUAUGAAUGAUUCCAAUUAUGAAAAGGAUAUUGGAUGUAACAAGACUAGUAAGGCUAUUGAUAAUAGUGAAGAAAUAAUUGAGUUGUCUAACGAACAAAAUUUGGAAGAAACAUCAUUACAGUCAGAUGUGGAACCAGUGGUCUAUAGACUAUCUGCCAGAGGUAGACCACAGUUGGUCCACGAAGGAUACGUGUACAACAUGACAUCUCGUUCUAAAGUAUAUAAUAGCUCACACUACCGUUGUGCGGAGCAGCAUCGCGGUUGUCGCGGUAAAUGUUCUGUGAUCGCUGAGAGAUUCAUGCCGACGGGGGUGCACGAACACAAUCAUCCACCGAGUUAUCAAUCAGAGUACAAUUAUCGAAAAAAGAAGGGUCUAGACACUGAUAUCAGAGAAAGACUGGUCCAGUGAUGCAUUUAAAGACAUUUUAAUCAAGACGUUUUGUCUUCAUUUGUGUAUGUGUGUGUGUGCUAUAUUUGAUUGUGUAUGCACGCACACAUCGAUAUCCAGCAAUUGGAACAGGUAAUACGUUUUAGUCAGAAAAAAACAACAUAUUUUUUAUCUAAAUAUGAAUAAAAAUGCUAUUUUUGUAUAUGUGUUAUAUGUACAGAGUGGAUACUAAGUGAAUUUAUGGGAGGAAUCACUCCAGCAAAUCUUUUAGAAUACUUAGUACUUAUCCUGUAUAUAGUUGUCGCUAUACAUAUAAUUGGCUCCAUAAUACAGUAAUCAAACAAAAACAUUUGUAAUAAAAUCUAUGAUUAGAGAUAUAAGUUUAGAUAUUUUCAGUCUAAGUCAAUGCUCAAGAUUUGCAAUUCUGGGUACUGGCUUAAGGUACUUUCCUAACCAUUCAUUACAGAUUUUUAGAAUAACGCCAUAAGCGAGAAAAUAUACGAAA